AAAGCGUCUGUCGUGCGGAACAAGUAUACGGUUUCAAUCGCAUUCGGAGCUAAAAUAAUGGCCGGAUUCAAUCCAGUGGACAUGGUCGAGGAAGAUGCGGCCGACCUGCAGUUCCCCAAAGAGUUCGAGACUGCGGAAACACUUCUGAUCAGCGAAGUUCACAUGCUACUGGAGCACCGGAAGAACCAGAACGAGUCCUCGGAGGAAGAACAAGAGUUUUCCGAGGUGUUUCACAAAACAUACACGUACACAAACGAGUUCCGAAAGUUCCGCAACAAGGAAACUAUCGCCAGCGUCCGCAGCUUGUUGAUGCAGAAAAAGCUACACAAGUUUGAGCUCGCGGCGCUCGGAAACCUGUGUCCAGCGUCACCGGAGGAAGCGAAAGCACUGAUUCCCUCCCUCGAGGGUCGCUUCGAGGAUGAUGAGUUGCAGCAAAUACUGGACGACAUCGGCACAAAACGCAGCUUACAGUACUAG